AUGGCUGCGCCGAGUUCGAAUGGCGUGAAGGACGCCGCUGCUGCCCGCCCUGUUGCGGGCUUCGUGCCUCUGGUGACGGUCGUGGACUUCCAUCACCAUAGAGGCCCCGAAGUCGAGAGGUGGUUCGGCGUCGAAGAGGGGCGAGAUCCGGCCGCAGAAUACGAUUGGACGUUGCUCCCAUUCAUGGCGUUGAGCGACGGUGCCCACGCAUCGACGGAGGACUUCUCGUACUUCACCCUUCUACGGCCCGCUACGGACGAUUCCCCCCCAACAUCGCUCUUUGGCAUCUCAUGCACGCGGCAGCUAGACGCUUCGCAAUUACUCGUCCGCCCCUCUGAUGUAACGCGAUCAACUGUGCAGAAGGCAGUCGUGGUAAUAGCAGAUAGCCCACAGUUCUUCGGCAUGUUGAGGGAACGACUAUCCGUUGUUACUAGCGCGUGGUUUGCGCAGCGCGAAUUUGGUGACACCGAAAUCCUGCGGAGAUUCCAAGAGAGCCUCGCGGAAGAGAAGGCGCGUGGCCAGCUUAACGAGGACGUAGACAGGGACCAAUACCUAGGGAUGAGUCUCCGGGAGCUUGUGAGGGAAUUCCGCUGGCAGACACUAGUACUUCUGAAAUGUUGUCUUCUACAACCCAAGAUGCUCUUCUUCGGCUCGCGGUGCGAACGUCUAUGCAUGAUGCAGUUUUCCCUUAUAUCUUUGAUACCGGGUCUGCUACGGAAUCUCCAAGACUCUGCGGGACCGGACUUGGAUAAUUACGAGAAAAAAUUGACGCGGCCGACGAGUUUGAGAACUAGUGACCGGAACUCGUUGCUCGCGUAUAUGGGGCUGCCGUUGCAAAUUUUCGGCAAGGGGAGUUUAUUUGGCCCAUACACACCCCUGCAGCAGUUGGACAUCCUUGCCGACUUUGGUACCAAGUCGUACAUAGUGGGCAGCACGAACUCGUUAUUGUUACAACAGAGGGAUCGAUAUAGCGACAUCCUCAUCAAUCUCGACGAAAACACGAUCAAUAUCACGUCCACCUCUCUCCGCACCGCGUUAGUGCUCUCCCACCCCGACAGGCGGUGGAUCGAUUUUAUCACGCAGGAGGUCAACGAUACCUGGGACGAGUCGAACCCGGGUCGGCCAAAGACCAUGGGGUAUCGCGGCAGCGAAGAAUUUAUCCGGCUGCAGUUCGAAGAGUACCUCCUAUCUCUCAUCGCUUCGGUCAAAUAUCACAGCUACCUUUCCGAAAACCCAAAUAAUCCCAAAGCGGUCCUCCCUCAUGUCGAAGGGGAUCCAUCCUACGACUUUGGCAACGACUGGGUUGAAUACUGGAUGAGGACAGAGAAUUACCGCAUAUGGGACUCGCACACGGACUCGCACCUUUUCGAUAUUGUUGAGCCGAGACACCCUUGUGCUGGUGGGCUAAGUAUCGACGACGUACAGCGGCGAAUACAGCAACAGGUGCAAGAUCUCCACCUAGAUGAGCGGUUUGCAGCCGGGAGGGAAGUCCUCGGAAGAAAUCUGGCUGCGGGACGCGAUAAGGCGAGCACUAUUUUCAACAAACUCUACGCCGACAUGGACACUCUCCGCGAGACGCAAAGACAACGCGCUGAAGAAUCCCAGGCGGCACAAGGCGCGAAUGGAAGGAACGGUUCUCCGGCCCUGAACGGCGACUCUAGAGCAGCCCAAACAGCGACGGUGAGCUCGAGGGCUGGCGCAUAUAUCGGCAGCUGGACUUCAUGGGCAGAUCAGAAAAGGAAGCAAGGUUGGGGUAGGGCGAGCGGUAGCUCCGCAGGAGGUGGGUGGGGAUUCGGUGGCGGCUGGAGAGCGAGGACCGGAACAGGGGAUUCGGGCAGCGAAAAAAGCUACACACCCCUAAACAGCCCUGCACUCUCUUCACCGGGAUUCCCGAGCGAGAAGAUACAGAUGUCUGCCGUGCUUCACCGAAAUAGCGAGGGGAGCGAUCGAGGCAGGCCGCUUACACAAGACAGCUUCGAUGAGAGUCUCCUCGAUGCUGCCGGGUCAGUGGACGAGAGCGAAUCUUCCGACCCAGCCAGUCCGCCGAGACCUAGUCCUCGAAAAGGGGGAAGUAAGAGCAUAGGCGAACAAUUGAACGGUAACGACGGCGUCGGCGUCCCUCCUUCUCCCCCUCCUCAACCUGUUCCUACUACCACCACUGCCAGCCCGGCCACCAGCACGGACGAUGCCAUAAGACAGGAAACCUUGUCGUCUUCAAAAGCUACGGGAACUUCAGCGGCAUAG